GUUUAACCUUAGCAUCUAGUAGUAAAGAUAUGUUUAUUCGUUUAUGGAAUGUAAGCUUAGAAUAAUAACAGUCCACUAUGGAUGGUCAUAGUGAUGCUGUUCGAUCAGUUUGCUUUUCUCCCAAUUGCACUACAUUAGCCUCUGCCAGUUGGGAUAAGUCUAUCUGUUUAUGGGAUGUGAAGACAGGAUAAUAAAAAGCUAGAUUAGAGGGCCAUAGUGAUUGGAUUUUAUCAAUAUGUUUCUCUCCUAAUGGUACCACAUUAGCAUCAGGUAGUGUAGAUAAGUCCAUCCGUUUAUGGGAUAUUAAAACAGGAUAAUAAAAAGCAAAGUUGAAUGGCCAUCGAGAUAUGGUUUUAUCGGUAUGUUUCUCUCCUAAUGGUACCACAUUAGCAUCAGGUAGUGUAGAUUAGUCUAUUCGUUUAUGGGAUGUAACAACAAAUUAAUAAAAAAAAAAAUUGGAUGAUCAUGAAAGUGAAGUCUACUCAGUAUGCUUCUCUCCUGAUGGUUCUACAUUAGCAUCUGGUGGCUUGGGGGAGUAUAUCCGUAUAUGGGAUAUUAAGGCUGGAUAAUAAAGAGCUAAAUUGAAUAGUCAUAGCGAUGGAAUUAACUCAGUAUGCUUUUCACCUGAUGGUACCACAUUAGCCUCUGGCAGUAGGGAUAAGUCUAUCAGUUUAUGGGAUGUUAGGACAGGAGAACAAAAAGCUAAAUUAAAUGGUCAUAAUGAUUGGGUCAGAUCGCUAUGCUUCUCUCCUGAUGGGACUCAAUUAGCUUCCGGAAGUUUAGAUAAAUUUAUCUGUUUAUGGGAUAUUUAAACAAGAUAAUAAAAAUACAAAUUGGCUGGUCAUAAUCAUGCUGUAUUCUCUGUAUGUUUCUCUCCUGAUGGUAAUUUGUUAGCAUCUGGUAGUGAAGAUAAAUCUAUUUGUUUAUGGGAUGUUAAGGCAGUAGAACAAAAAGGCUAAUUGGAUGGGCAUACUGAAUAGGCCCAUUCAGUGUGCCUCUCCCCUGAUGGUGCUACAAUAGCAUAUAAUGUAGUACAAUAAUAAAGUUAUAGUAGUGUCAACGAAAAUCAAUUAAGUUUUAUUAAAACGAGUAAAAACAAUUCCAUAUAUUUGUGGGAUGUUAAGACAAGAUAAUAAAAAAUCAAAUUAGAUGGUUAUAGUGGCAAAGUCUCUUCAUUAUGCUUUUCUCCUGAUGGAAAUCUUUUAGCUUCUUGUAAUUAUGAUUAGCUAAUUAAUUUAUGGGAUGUUUGGACAGGAUAACAAAUUGAACCAUCAAAUAAAAAUUACCAAGUUUCUUCAGCCUAAUUUCCUUUAUUUUAAACCAAUUAUCUAUCAUCUAGAGGUAUCUAUUUAUAUUUCGAUUUAGUUAAUCCUAAGAUUCCAAUUCUUGUAAUCACCAAAUAACCUUAUUUAAAAUCAAAUGGAGCUUUAAUUUUUUAAGGAGAAUUUAGUACUUCAUGUAGAAGUGAUUUACGAAAAUUUUUUAAAUAAAGAGGAUGUUGUAUUUUGGAAAGCACAAUACCUUUUUAUUUAGAAGAAAAGUGA